AUGCCAGUUCGUAAGCAAGAUGCUUAUCGAGCAUUAGAAUUGCUUGAAGAAUAUUAUAAUCGUCUCGAUUCACCAGAAGAUAAACCAUUAAAAAAUGCUAUUGACAGAGUUAUUAAGAUUUUCAAAAGUCGUCUUUUUCAAGCACUUAUGGAUAUUCAAGAAUUUUAUGAAUCGAUCUUACUUGAUGAACAGAGUGAUCGAAUAGCAAAAAUGAAUGCAACACUUCACUUAGCGGAUGAAUGGGAAAAACAACCCAUGCUGAAACGAGAUAUUCGAAAUGGAGCAGCUACAACUAAUGAAUUAACAACAAUAGCAUCACUUGCAAUUGAUAAUCCAGUGUCUCAGGCAUCUGAUAUUAAAGAAAAUAGUAAUCGACAAGCAACACCAACACCAUUUGCACGAACGACCGAUGUACCGAUCGCCACUAAUCGUCAUCAUACAUCAGGAUUAAGUUCACCUGUAGAUUCAACACAAUUUAAUUACGAUGAUCAUUGGAGAGAAAUUGAAAUUGAUCUACAAAGAUCACCUGGUGUUGGUUUGGGAUUUUCAAUAGCUGGUGGUAUUGAUACACCGUGUAUCAAUGAUUCUUCAGCAGUUGUUAUUACACGUCUUACGGAAGGUGGUCUUGCUGAUCGUGAUCAUCGAUUAAAACUUCAUGAUAUUAUUUUACGUGUUAAUGAAAUUGAUUUUACUCAUAUUGAGCAUCAAUUAGCAGUUGAUUCACUUAAAGCAGCUGGAAAUCAUGUUACUUUAAUAAUACGUCGUUUAGAACCACCUGCUAUGGAAGAAAUUGAAUUAGAAAAACCACCAAAUGUUCAUUUAGGUUUUUCAAUUGCUGGUGGAAUAAGUCAUGAACAUGUGAAAGGUGAUCAUGGUAUAUUCAUAACAACUAUAAUUCCAGGGGGUAUUGCCGAUAGAAAUGGACGAUUAAAAGUUGGUGACCGUUUAGUGCAUGUGCAAUCAGUAAAAAAUAAUUAUGAUCUUGAAUUUGUUGAACAUAAGCAUGCUGUUGAAUCAAUACGUCGUGCAUGUGAUGAAGGUCCAAAAUUAACUUUAAUUGUAGGUCAUCCUACGGAUUAUUCAUCAGAUGCUCAAAUAGUAACACAUCAAGAUCAACAAGGAGAAUCAUCUGAUGAACGUCGAGUAUUACUUCAUCGUGCUCCAACUGGUUUUGGUUUUCAUAUAAUUGGUGGAGAGGGUGAACAAGGCAUAUUUAUUUCGUCUAUUCAAUCAGGCGGUGCAGCUGAUAAAUCAGGUGAAUUACGUAAAGGUGAUCGAAUAUUAUCUGUAAACAAUAUGGAUUUACGUGCCGCUUCCCAUGAAGAUGCUGCAAAGGUGCUUAAAAAUUGUGGUGAUACAGCUAAUUUACAUGUUAUUCAUAAAUAUAAUGAUUUUGUUCGUUUUGAAAGUCGUCCUGAUGAACCUACUAGUAAAAUAACUCGUGAAACCGCUGGUAGUACAGGUAGUUUAAAAACAACAGCAAAACGACAAUUUUUUGUUCGAGCGGAAUUUGAUUAUGAUCCAUCAAAAGAUCCAAGUUUACCUGGUGGUCCUGGUUUAGCAUUUCAUUCAGGUGAUAUUCUUUAUGUAACAAAUGCAGCUGAUGAUUCAUGGUGGCAAGCAAAACGUGUUAAUAAUGGAGGUGAUGAAGAUGAAGUUGGAAUAAUACCAUCAAAAACACGUGUAGAAAAAAAAGAACGUGCUAGACAAAAACGUGUUAAUUUCAAUCAACAACGUACUGAUAGUCGAAGUAAUACACUUGAUCGAGAUAAGAAGAAAAAGAAAAAAUUUGGUUUAUUUAAUAAAACUGGUGAUAAAAAAGAUGCACAAUCAGGCGAAGAAUCAGAAAAUGAAAUAGACAUUACAGAACCUGUUUUUUCAUAUGAAUUAGUUAUACAACAUGAGAUUGAUUAUGCAAGACCAAUUAUAAUAUUUGGUCCAUUUAAAGAAAUUCUAAAUGAUCAACUUCUUAAUGAUCGACCAGAGAAAUUUGCUAAUUGUGUACCACAUACAAGUCGUCCAAAACGUGAAAAAGAAGUUGAUGGUCGUGAAUAUUAUUUUGUUUCAUCACGUGAACAAAUGGAACGUGAUAUUCAAAAUUAUUUAUUUAUUGAAGCGGGAGAAUAUGGAGGAAAUUUAUAUGGUACAAGCGUUAAUGCUGUUCGUGAUAUUGCUAAUUCUCAUAAACACUGUAUUUUGGAUGUAAGUGGUCAUGCAAUAAAACGUUUAAUAACAGCUGGUCUUUAUCCAAUUGUUAUACAUGUUAAACCACGUGAUAUGAAAUGGAUAAUUGAUAAUAUGGGAGAAGAUGUAAAUGAAGAACGUGCUCAACAACUUUUAGACAAAUCAGUUAAACUUGAGCAACAGUUUGGUAAUCUUUUAACAGUUACUAUUGAAGAAGAACAAUUAAGUGAUGUUUAUGAUCGUAUAUGUGAAGUUAUUGAACAUGAAGAAGCAGUUACUCAUGCGUGGGUACCAUCAAAAGAAAAAAUUUAA